AUGUCCUAUACUUUCUCGAUCCUCUCUCCCCUCGACGUCCCCCUCUUCACCCACGACUUCGGCACCUCCCGCUCAGGCGGCGACGGCGUCGCACGCUUCACCCCCUCUGAACGUGCCCUGGUUCCCUUCAUCCUACACUCCGCACUCGAUAUUGUCGAAGAAGUACAAUGGGGACCCUCGACGUCCUCCGGUAGUGCGCCCAUGUACCUCAAGCACAUCGACAAGUACCAGAACUGCUACAUUUCGUGCUGGAUCACAGGCGCAAACACCCGGUUUCUGCUGCUCACACGACCUCGCGACGAAAGUUUGGGGCUGACGGGGAGUGGCGGGGGUGCGAGGGGAAGCCUAGCGGGUGGGAGAGCGGCGUUGGGUGGUGGGCAGGGACUGUAUAACCCCACAAGCCCUGCGACAGAGGAGGCCGUGAAGAACUUCUUUGUGGAUGUGUAUGAGGCAUGGAUGAAGACUAUCAUGAAUCCGUUCUUCCAGGUCGGGAACGGAGAUGUGGUGAAGAGUCCAGUGUUCAGACAGAGGGUCGCAGCAGCAGCGAAGAAGUACUUGUGA